CUUGAUUGUCUCCAACAAAGCCAACUCUCACAUUGGGUGCUGUGUGCAUCACACGCCUCUUUCCAAGCGAAGGAAACGUAGAGAAGAAAAAUCCCCCGAAGACCGAAGGGGCAACGCAAACCCUAUCGGUUUCUCUCUAAAUUCUCGUUCUUGUUCUAUUUUCGCCAUGAAAUCGACCAAAAUGUCCAGGUCUACGUCAGAUUUCAUCUCUAUUUGAUGAGCAUCCGAUAGGAUUGGCGUUUUUUUUUGUACCCUUUGUUUCUAGGAGCAGGUCGGGAUUGAAGAGCAUGGAGGGCUCUGGUUCGGCGGUAGACGAUCUUGGAGCCACGCCUGAGUCCUGGGAGGUGGCUGACGUGGACGCCAGCAUGCGCCGGCUCAUGCUCUCGUCAUCCAAGAAGAAAUCCGUUAGUCUUUCCGACCUCUCCGAUACUUCGGCUUCAGCUCCAAAUAUGGCGCCGGCUUCUAGUACUUCGGCUCCUGCUUUAAACCUUUCUGAGGAUGUCAUCAAUUCCGUCGAUCAGUUUCUCCGGGAGGCUUUACAAAACUCUAGGGAGCGACUUUCAGUUUUAAGAUUGGAGCAAGAUGUUGAGAAAUUCAUUAGAGAUCCAACUCGGCAGCAAAUGGAGUUCCAGCAGCUACCUACCUCCUAUUUGCGUCUGGCUGCUCAUCGUGUCGCUCAGCACUACUUUCUCCAGUCAAUGGUCUUACUAGACAACAGUCUACCAGAUGGUUCCGGAUCCCGAAUUAUAGUAUGCAAAAGUUCUGAAACUCGAAUUCCUUCAAUUCGUCUGGCUGAUAUACCUGUAAAUGUUCCCCAGGAAGACCCGAGUGGUGUUGUCAAAGUUGCUAUUAAGCAGAGACCACAGAAAGGUUCACAGUUUAGUGGUUCUUUAGAUUCAAACUCCUCAAAGAAUAAUAGCUGUAAAAGUGUAGAGGAAAGAAAAGAAGAAUACAACAGGGCAAGGGCUCGGAUUUUUAGCUCUAGUAAUUUAGCCGGGAGUGAUAAUGGAAAGAAUGAAAGUCAAUCAAAGAUGCUGGAACCUUUCCAGCCUGGUUCACUAAGAGUUGCAAAUGUAGAUGAAAAGGCGGGCAGCUCUGCUGGGAGUUCUGAUGUGAGUAUUGGCAGAGGCGCCCUUGAUUCUUCGUCAACCGGUAGCAAUAGAUCAGCUAGAAGUAGGACUGAGAAGGAUCAGAUUGCUAGGUCUAGAACUAGUAAUAGAGUGGCCAUAUUCAGGGAUAGGGAAACUGAUCGCAAGGAUCCUGAUUAUGACAGGAGCUAUGACAGAUACUUGCAAAGGUUUGACCCUGGAUUUGGAUUUACGGGAGGACCUUAUGCUAUUCAACCAUUGUAUGCACCUGCUUUGAACUACAAUUCCGAGUUUCCUCAACUUGGAUCAGCACACCGGCCUCCUAUCUCCCAUGAACACCAAUCUCGCCCUCUCCCUACGCGAUUGCCUGUGCAGUGGGUUACACCGUCUACUCCCGGUAUUGGAUACGGUCAGGCUGAGACCAUGAUGCACCCUCCGUUCAAUCCCAGUCAUGUCGGUGUGCGGUCCAAUCCUGCCUUGUACCUGCACUCGUCUCAGUAUCCUUGUCAGCAUCCUGGAAUGCCUUUUGUCCAUCAUCAUGAACAAAUUCAAGUUCACCAACCCUUUUCACAGUCUUACCAGCAGCAACCUGAUGCCAGUUUUGGGUUAGCCCGGCCCCGAUAAGGGGCCUGGGCCAUGCCUGCAUCCUGCCAAAGUUUCUUGAGCACAUGAUUGAGAGGCAGCUUUCUGAGCUGCACAUUUUUUCUUACAUUGUGGCAGGAUGCAGGCAUAUGCAGCUGAGGGUAUUGGGAGUGGAUGCAUUUCAAGUAGAAAAUAUUCUUCAAAAUUCAUUCCACAAGCCCUCAGUUUUGGAGAGCUCCUUCCAUGAGCCAUGUGUUAUUCCCCACUGUUCGGAAGAGGAGCUCAUAUACUGCUGAUGGCAAUGAAGAUGUCAAACAGAAUAAGGAAGUUCGUAUCUGAGUACAAUUCUUCAAUGGUUAGAGCUAUUGUUGCAGUGAAUUGAGAUUCUGCACCUAAAACUUUCACCGCAUCAGGACUUGGUGUCGUGCGUACAAUGUUGCAGCGGCAUGAGAUUGAUGCGGUAGACAUCUUCACACUAUUACACCACACGUAACUUGAUACCUCCAGCGAGUUAUGCUAAGUGUGCCAGUGUUAGUGCUACAAAGCCCUCGUUUUUUUGGUGGACAACCGCAGCCUCUACAGAUCUGGAAGAGAGAAGUCUUAAUAUGAGGAAUUUGUUGAAGUGUUGGAGUCGCAAGAAGCAGUCUUUGGUGAUCGAUUGACCGACAGAUGGGCUUUAAUUGCUUUAAUUGUCUAUUACUAGGUCUAGGUGAACGAAAUGCAUAUGUGAAUAUGUAUUACACCUUUGGUUCCAAAUGGUAGAUUAUUUUGGCUAUGUUUUUAUUUGACUUUUGAUUUGCAAGUUAUGAUGAUGAUGAUGAUGAUGAUAAUGGUGACAUUAAAAUUGUACCGGCUUUACCUUUUUAAAGUUUUAUUUAAUCUAAUCUUUGUCGAGUAAAUGCACGCAUUGUUUAAGGAUCCAAUGAUCCAUUU